UACUGUAUGGUUCUUUGAUGUAGAUAAGAGAGAAAAUGGAUCUCAUUGAUCUUGAAGAUGACACCAUUGAUGCUGAAGUGAUGGACUCAUUAGCUGUCACUAUGGAAGACUUUAGGUACGCCAUGAGCAAGAGUAACCCCAGUGCACUGCGUGAGACCGUGGUCGAGGUACCGACGGUCACUUGGAAUGACGUUGGUGGACUGGACGAAGUUAAGAGAGAGUUACAAGAGCUUGUACAGUACCCUGUAGAACAUCCAGAGAAGUUCCUCCAGUUUGGCAUGACCCCCAGUAAAGGUGUUCUCUUCUAUGGUCCCCCUGGGUGUGGUAAGACUUUACUAGCUAAAGCCAUUGCCAAUGAAUGCCAAGCAAACUUCAUAUCAAUAAAGGGUCCUGAAUUAUUGACUAUGUGGUUUGGAGAGUCGGAGGCUAAUGUUAGAGAUGUUUUUGAUAAAGCUCGUCAAGCUGCCCCCUGUGUUCUAUUCUUUGAUGAAUUAGACUCAAUUGCUAAGUCUCGUGGUGGAAAUGUUGGAGAUGGAGGUGGAGCUGCUGAUCGUGUUAUUAAUCAGGUACUAACAGAGAUGGAUGGUAUGAACUCUAAGAAGAACGUCUUCAUUAUUGGAGCUACCAAUCGUCCUGAUAUCAUUGAUCCUGCCAUUCUCCGUCCAGGAAGACUUGACCAACUUAUUUAUAUACCACUGCCUGACGAAAAAUCGAGGGUAUCUAUUCUAAAGGCCAAUCUCCGCAAGUCUCCAAUUGCUCAGGACAUUGAUUUAGAAUUUUUGGCAAAGAAGACUGAGGGUUUCAGUGGAGCCGAUCUGACAGAAAUAUGCCAACGAGCUUGUAAACUGGCUAUACGUGAGAGUAUUGAAGCUGAGAUCAGGAGAGAGAGAGAAAUGAGGGAUAAUCCUAGUCAUGAAAUUGAAAUGGAAGAAGAUGCAGUUCCUGAGAUUAGGAAAGAUCAUUUUGAAGAAGCAAUGAAGUUUGCAAGACGCAGUGUCACUGAUAAUGAUAUUAGGAAGUAUGAAGCUUUUGCUCAGAAGCUUCAGACUACACGUGGCUUCGGGCAAUUCAGGUUCCCACAGAGCCAGCCUCAGUCCUCAGGAGGUGCUGGAGGAGGAGGAGGAGCUACUCCUCAACCUGGUGGCUUCCAUGGAGCAGCCGGUAAUGAUGAGGAUGACCUCUACAGUUAGAGACAUUAGUUGAACAUUAGCCAAGAGAGAGAGAGAGAGGGAUUUAAAUUUAAAACUCAGUUAUUAUUCCAAUUAUUACUGUUUGACUAUUAUUAUUA